AUGAGUGAAAAACUAACUUCAAUGCUAUCUAAGUUAGACACUAACUUGGCCCCUCCCACUGAUCGUUCAGGGGACUCCCAACUAAGCUCAACAAGCUCUGAUGCCCCAAAGAUUUUUCCAAUGUAUAUCUGUAUAAAUGAAUAUUUCAAAAGAAUGGAGGAUGAAUUAGACAUGAGGCCUGGCGAUAAGAUUCAGGUUUUGACCGAUGAUGAGGAAUAUAACGAUGGCUGGUACUUUGGCCGUAAUUUAAGGACCAAAGAGGAGGGUUUAUACCCAGUCGUUUUUACGCAGGUUAUCAGUACGGAGAGAAAGCCUACUCUUAUGAGGGCGAAGUCCUCAAAGAGAGUUUACAGUCCUCUUGGAAUGGAGGCGGGAAACUUGUCGUCAUACUCAGUUGAUGCCCCAUCCAGCGAACUCCCCACCCCACAACCUUUGGAAACAGCAGCUUCCAUAUCGUUUGAAGGUAAAAAUCCUUUAGAAAGAAUCAUCUCAGUAAAAAAUACAAUGCAUGAUAUUGACAAAGCCCUAGAAGAAUUCAAGUUCGAAAGUAAUGAAUCCAUCGGUCAUAAAGAAGGCUACACUUCUGAUGAUGCUGCACAUGAUACAAAUUUAUCAUCUACUACUGGUUUAGAUGUUACAGCCAAUAAUAGAUCUGACGUCACGAUAAAUUCUUCUAGUAAAAUGAGUGCAGGUGAUCUAAAUCCAGUGUACGUGGAAGAUUGGAGCCCUGAACAGGUAACUACUUAUUUUUUAAAUUGUGGAUUCGAUUCACAUUCUGCAUCCAAGUUCAGACUACAUAAAAUUUCAGGGAAGAUUUUAUUGGAAUUAGAAUUGUCCCACUUAAAGGAAUUAGAUGUUACUUCAUUUGGUACAAGGUUUGAAAUGUUCAAAGAAAUUGAAAGUCUGAAGGAGCUUGCAGUAUCAACAACCGGCAUACAAAACAGAUCUAGUGUAUUAAUGCCACCGGCACAUUUAAACGAACCUUCCUAUAAGCAACAUGCCAGGAAAAAAUCCCAAAGCAUGGAUGAUUUGCCACUUCAGAAACCAAGUGAAACUGAAAGAAUAAUAAGGCAAAGACCAACGUCUUUGCUAAUAAAUGGAAAAGCUGCAAGAAAGUUCGGCGACCAACAGUUGGAAUCGCCCUUAGAGAAAAGUGAAAUUAACUAUGAUAUGUUUGCUUCCCCUAGACAGGCUCCAAAGCCACCUGCAUACCCAAGCCCUGUACAACCACCCAAAUCCCCUAUGUUCGGCGGUAGUGAACGUUUUUCUAGCGCCAUAAAGAAUUUAACACCAGAUUCAGAUUCAGAUUCAGAUGAUACUUCUUUUAAAAAUCUGGCCCCAAAUAGGAAAAGUUUUAAUGAUAAGGCGAAUAAUCGAGAUUCGAUUCUUCAUAGUGGCCAUACUAAUAGUGCUGAAAAUGCUUCCUACCAUACUGCCAAUGAUUCAGAUAACGAUGCCGAGCAAGAUAGACCCACAUCAAGUAUAUAUGCAAGCAGCUCAAUACAGGAAUCAACAGAUCAUUAUGCAAGUAAUAAUUUAGAAGUAGCUGAAGGAAAAGAGCCUAAGAGAAGCUCCUCGAUGCUAUCUUAUUUCUCAAAAACUAAUGAUAAGACAAGUACCGAUCAAAAAGUGACGACAACCAACUCAGUCAGUAAGAAAAAGAAGAGUUCGUUCAUUACAAGUCCGUUUAGAAGAGAAUUCACUGAGAAUGCAGUACGUUCUACGCCGAAGACUGCUAAACAUGAUGGAACAUCUACUACUCCAAGGCAUUUAAAGAAUAAGAAAAAAAGUGAUAAGCAAGAUAACUCCAAAAGAAGAUCUGUCAGUGCUAAAGAUCCACAACAAGUUGAUUUAGCAAAGAAAAUACUUGAAGAAGAUAAAAGUAAACGUUCUGUUAGUGAAGCUGUUAAAGAUAAGACUUUACGCGCCAUGACUACAAGACAACCUUUAAGAAAGCAACAAACUUCGGCUUUUAUGGAGGGAAUAAGACACAUUUCUGUAAAAGAUGCCAUGAAAACUGCCGAUUACUCCGGUUGGAUGAGUAAGAAAGGUGGUAACCCAAUGAGUUCUUGGAAGACAAGGUUCUUUACGUUACAUGGUACUAGACUAUCGUAUUUUGCAAACACUACAGAUACAAGAGAACGUGGUUUAAUCGAUAUCACUGCCCAUAGGGUGGUGCCAGCCAAGGAAGAUGAUAAAUUAGUGUCAUUAUAUGCCGCAAGUACAGGUAAAGGUCGUUAUUGUUUCAAAUUGAUCCCACCUCAACCUGGCUCAAGGAAAGGGUUGACGUUCACGCAACCUCGUGUUCAUUAUUUUGCUGUUGAUACCAAAGACGAGAUGAGAGGAUGGAUGGCAACUUUGAUAAAGACCACCAUUGAUAUUGAUACCACUGUACCUGUGAUCAGUUCAUACACAACGCCAACCGUCUCUCUAAGUAGAGCAAAGGAGAUGCUAGUAGAAGCUCGAGAGGAAAAUAAGAAGAGAGAGGAACAACGGCUUCUAGAGGCACAUGACGAAGAUAUGUUCCUUUGGGACGAGGGACAAAAGAAGAAAAAAACUGCUACAGAUCGCGAACAUAGUGAAGAUGACCAUCAAAGUAGUACAGGCCAGUCAUCCCUUGUGGAAGGUACUUCCAAUGUCAAUACUACACUAACUACCAGCUCAACUACAGGAAGCAAUGGGUUUUCAAGCCCAUAUUUGUUAGCUUCAGGUAUUCUCUCACCUGGAGUAGCCCGUCAUAAUAGCAGUCGAGUAGGAGAGAAGUCGAAGAAAUUAGGAAAAGAUGAUCAUCUAGGCCCAGACCUAAAAUACACUGGAGAAAAGAUAUAG